CAUUCGUUGGCUCACGCUUGUGCGAAACGGUUCGGUUCGGUUCGGCCCCUACCACACGACUUGCAGGAAAUUUUUGUCAAGUGCACUCUCACUUGAAGAGCGAUUCUCCUUCACAUCUAACAAGUGGCCGGCUGCUAGUUAAAAAUCUUCUAAAGAAACGUGUGAAAUAUAAUUAAAAAACCCCUCCAUUGUCAGCAUGCGCGAUAAUGAAGAUACAGAUUUAUAUCGGGAACGCCUGCCGAAUGUGUGCGAGGCCGUGGGCUCAAAGGCACGCAGUUGCUGCAGCCUGCAAACCGUCAAGUCACUGCUGCCCGUCACAGAUUGGCUGCCAAAGUAUAAGCUGAACUUUCUGCCAAUGGACAUUGUGGCGGGUCUGACGGUGGGCCUCACGGCUGUGCCUCAGGCUAUAGCUUAUGGUGCGGUGGCCGAUCUGCCUCCCGCCUAUGGCCUCUACUCGGCAUUCAUGGGCGGCUUCGUCUACAUAUUGCUGGGCACCUGCAAGGACAUCACAGUGGGCCCCACUGCCAUCAUGGCCCUUAUGGUGCGUCCCUAUGUGAACGGCAAUCCGGACAAUGCUGUUCUGCUCUGCUUCCUGGCUGGCUGCAUCAUCCUGCUGCUGGGUCUGCUCAAUCUGGGCGUGCUCACGCGCUUCAUUUCGGUGCCGGUGACCACAGGAUUCACGAUGGCCGCUGCCAUAACCAUCGCCAGUGGGCAGAUUAACAAUCUAUUUGGCAUAACAGGCAGCUCCACGGGGUUCCUCGACUCGUGGAUUCACUUCUUUGGGCACAUCAAGCAAACGCGCCUCAACGAUGCCCUGCUGGGAUGCUGCACCUUAGUUCUGUUGCUGCUCAUGCGGAAAAUCAAAGACUUGCCGUGUGGCAACCCCAGUUUGUUGAAGUAUCUCUCGCUCUCACGCAAUGCUGUGGCUGUGUUCGUGGGCAUCCUUUUGUGCUACCUCUUGAGCCUCGGCUCCGAGUCACUGCCAUUCCUUGUGAGUGGCAGCAUCACCUCGGGCCUGCCCCCCUUUCAGGUGCCUCCAUUUCAAUCGCAGGACCCAGCAACCGGAGAGCCCAUCAGCUUUGGCGGCAUGGUCUCGAACCUUGGCUCCUCACUGGUGUCCAUUCCCCUGCUCUCCAUACUCGAGAGCGUGGCCGUGGCAAAGGCUUUCUCUAAAGGAAAGAUCGUGAAUGCCUCGCAGGAGAUGAUUGCUCUGGGCAUGUGCAAUGUGCUCAGCAGCUUCUUUCUGUCCAUGCCCAUCACGGGCUCCUUCACGCGGACGGCCAUCAACAAUGCGAGUGGCGUGAAGACUCCACUGGGUGGCGCUGCCACAGGCGCCCUCGUGCUCAUGACUCUCGCCUUUCUCACCACCACUUUUGCCUACAUCCCAAAGGCCACGCUGGCAGCCAUCAUCAUAGCAGCCAUGCUGUUUAUGGUGGAAUACGAGACCAUUGCGGAGAUAUGGCGUGCCAAGAAGCGUGAUAUGCUGCCCUUUCUGGUCACCGUUUUGUGUUGUGUGUUCUGGACACUGGAGUAUGGCAUGGUUGUGGGCAUCGUCUUUAAUGCACUCUUUCUGCUGUACAAGAGCAUGAAGCCGCAAUUCCAAUUGGAGACCCAAAAGUAUAAUGGCGUUGAGCUGAGCCUGGCCGAUCUGAAGGGCAGCAUCGACUACUCGGCAGCGGAAUACCUCAAGACUGCCAUUGUAUCCCAUGUGACGAGUCAGCAGGGUGCCAUAAGCUUGGUUAUUAUCAAGGGAGACGAGAUCGGAUCUAUUGAUACCACCGUGGCGCUGAACCUCAUUUCGCUGCGGGAGGACCUUGCGCUGCUCAACUGCAAUCUCAUUUGCUGGAACUGGAGUGUACCGGCAGCGGGGGUGCUUUGCCGAAUGGACAGCAAGACGCGACAAAUGCUAAAGUUCUCAAAGAGCUUCCCGGAACUAAUGGAAGCAUUGGAAAACGAAGCUGAUGCAACGGUAAAGAUAUCGCAAUUCGAUGAUUGAAAGCGAAAGUCAAUAAAUGUGUGAUAUUUCUCUUUAAA